AUGUCUUCAGUACAAAGGAGCGAAGCAUUUGAAUUGUUGCUAUUGAUAGUCGCUAUUUGUGAGGCGAAUAUAAUAACAAGAGAUGUAGAUUACACAAAUCUUCAGGCAGUUUAUCAUGGUCAUGGAGCUACGAGUUAUCAAAAUGUGCAGAUUGAUAAUCAUGAUAAUAUAAUAGUACCUGCAAACUAUAGAGAUCAAGCAGAGAUUGUGAAUUUAGGGCACGAUGCAUACCAUGCUGAUUACCAGCCAAUUAUUGAAAUUGCGGAGUCUCACGAUGAUAUAGAUGACAUCAAUAUAUCCCAUUUAGCCCCAUACGAAGAAUUUACUAUUGCCGACAUUAAGUCAGAUGUAUUCGAACAUUAUUUUAAUCAUGACGACGAGACACACGAUUAUGAUCUCUCCUUCUACGAAAAUAAUUAAGAAAAUAUGUAUUUAAAGAAUUAAUAUUAAAAUAUUAUUUUUUCGAAGUGAUUAAUUAGAUAUCAAUUUGAGAUUUAAUUCUAAACA